AGCUCAUCGGCCAACAUGGCGUCCAAGGCCGGUCGAUUUCGGGUAAUGGCCUCACUGACCACGUGCGCCGGCGCUUUAUUCGAGGAUCAGGUCUUUAAGUUCGAUUGGAGUCGAUCGUUAGUAGGCGUGCCGCUGGCUGGGCAGUUCUGGGACACGCCUCGCGGUCAGUCCAAUUUCAUCUUGCGCACCAAGAAUCGCGUGUUGGCCUCGUUGGAUUCCGACUCGGGCAAGAUUUUAUGGCGUCACGUGCUGGACGAUGAUGCGGACGAGUUGCUGGAUCUGCGUACCACGCCCAAAUUGGUGCAAGCGGUGUCGUGGCAUCGGGAGUCGGCCUUCUUGACCUUCCGCGCUUGGCAUCCCACCACGGCCGCCUUGAAGCAGGAAACCACGGCCCCUCUACCUCCGGGCACCCGCGUCGAUCUAGCGUUCAUCCACGAAGAUGAAGUGAAUGCCCUCACCUUGGCAGACUCGGGUUCGGUCACGGUCCAAGUGUUGAAUUGGCGACACGGCUCGCCCGUACGAACCGUCACGCUCACAUCCGGGUCGGGUCAGCCCCUCAGAUGUAUUCGCACGCCCGAUGUUCUGGUGUGCCUAUCGGUCAGCUCAGCCAUGCUCUAUUACACGCCAUUGCCCAUCAGCCCCAAGGCCGCUUUCACCGCUGUGGCCUUGGACAAAAUCGGCCUGCCCGUGGGAGCGCGUCCUUUGGCCCUCCAAACCGUGCCCGGGUCCUCGGGCCUGGCUCAGAUUGCGUACCAACGACAAGACCGCGAAGAAAGUUGGUUGCUCAAAUUUGACCAAGGGAAACUGAAGGGCGGUUUGAGCUUAAUCACGGGUUGCGAGCACACCUCAGAUAUCUUGCGGUUAGAGCAAGCUUGCGCUAAUGCCGAGUGUUCCACGUUCAAACCCAGCGUGAAGGUCACAAAGUUGCGGGAUUUCACGCAAAAUGUCCACGAGAUGAGCUUCCAAUUCUCGCAGGAUGUGGGUCGUCUCGUUCAGGCUUGGGGAGCGUGCGAAGAGGACGAGCGUGGGUCGGCCAUAUUCCAAUUGGUUCUCUUGACCUCGGAUGGAUCGCUGACCUCGCUCACGCCCUUGGGAAAUCAGAUGUGGACCCGAGAAGAGGCCUUAGCCUCCAUCGACAAAGUGGAAUUGGUUGCCACGGGUUUGGAUAGUGGGUCCAUGGAAGACGAAGGGCCCUUCCAAAAUGAGGCUACCGAUCUCGUGCAACAGUUUGCCAAGCGAAUCCGACACCAUUUGGCACUGAUUCAAUCCACUAUAAGCCAUUUUUUGGAGCUGAACGACUGGAGAAAUGUCUUCUCGGGCAAUCAAGAUAAGCAACUGGAUGAUUUUGGGAUCCGAAAAGUCAUUUUGGCCGUGUGUGACGAGGGCAAGAUAUUUGGGCUGGACAACAAGAAUGGCGAGGUGUUGUGGAAUGUGGUCUACCCGAAUGUGGUCGGGGAAAAAUCAUACCUUUUCAUUCAGCGCACCGCCAUGCAUUUCGGAACCGAGCCCAUGGCCUCUCUCAUUUUCAGGAACAGAUACUCGCAGAAAUUCCAAUUGCUCACUCUCGAUCCUCUGAGUGGAGCGAUUCUAUCUUGGGAGGACCUGAAGCACCCCGUGGACCAAGCCGUACUUCUGCAUCAGCAUGAUGACAAGUUCAUUCGACCCGUGUUGGUGAUAUCCAAGAACCAAGUGGAUGUAGUUCCGUCCAGUGCCAAGGCCAGUGUGAUCAAAUACGCGGAGAAGACUUUUAUCGCCACCAAAGAUCCCCAAACCAACGAUAUUCAAGGACAGAAGCUUCUCGUCAAUCCCAACGGCUUCCUCGUGCUUCGUCCCAUUUGGUCCCUGGCCAAUCCGGGAACUGAAGUGCGCAAAUUUGUCGGCAAAUCCACCGAAGAAGACGUCCACUCCCAAGGACGGGUCAUGGCCGAUCGAUCCGUGCUCUUCAAGUACGUCAAUCCAAAUCUGGCCCUUAUCAUCAGCGAGGGCACAGAUGCGGCCGGCAAACUCUUCAUCAAUGUGUAUCUGGUUGAUAUGGUUACAGGUCGUCUGAUCUUUUCUGCCAACCAUAAACGCGUCACAGGACCGUACCAUGUAGUCCACUCCGAGAACUGGGCCGUGUACACCUACUACAAUGAGAAAUCGCGUCGAGCUGAGCUCACGAGUUUAGAGUUAUUUGAAGGCAACGAGCAAACAAAUGCCACCGUGUUCUCGUCCGUCUCGGAUGUGAUCUCCCCGUUGGUGGAACGGCAGGCCUUCAUUCUGGGCCCUUCGCAUAUUAGUGCCUUACGGGACACUCGCACCGAAAAGGGCAUCACGACCAAGCACAUUCUAAUGGCCACUAAAACCGGUCUGGUGUAUGAUAUCCCGCGACAGUUCUUGGACCCGCGGCGGCCCAACAUGAAUACUCCCCCCGAGAUGAGAGAACCCGGGAUCCCGCCCUACAUUCCAGAGCUGCAGCUUCCUCAAGAGAUGAUUAUUAACUACAACCAGACUGUUGGGGUCCCGCGGGGAAUCAUUACUGCGCCCACGGGGCUUGAGUCCACGUCCGUCGUGUUUGUGUACGGUCUUGAUUUGUACUGUACGCGAGUAGCUCCUUCCAAGGGCUUUGAUUUGCUCAAGGACGAUUUUGAUUACUACGUUAUUGCUAGUGUACUCUUGGCGCUGAUUAUGGCGUCAUUCAUUACCAAGCGCCUUUCUCAGAGAAAGGCACUCAAGCAAGCUUGGAAGUAAUAAUGGCACUCGCCCUGGGCGGCUUUGAAGACUCCUCCAUCCAUGUUUUUGCUUGAGUCGAUCUAUGAUGUCUCGCCCUUGUUUUCUAGGUUCUUAUUGUUAAAAAAUAUGUUUCAUGUUUGCCCAAAACCAUGUCGCUUUUGAUUUUCGAUGGGCAAAUCUAGUCUCUCAAUAAAGAAAACUCAAAAAAGCA